AUGGCCUCCCGACGAGCUCUGGCGCUGCCCCUCCGCAGUCUCGCCCAACGCCCGAAGACCACCGCAUUCCUCCUCCAGCAAAAGGUGCACAGCUCCUCCUCUACCCAAGCCCUCGAAUACAAGGCCCUGCAUCGCCGCAUUGCGCCCCUCCCGACAGAAGACCGCCCUCCUGCAUGGUCAGCCCAAGCUGCCGUCAGCAGCAUCCUCUACGAGACACCACUCCCUUCGCAAGCACCACCGAAACGCCAUAUCUUGAACUGUCUGGUGCAAAAUGAGCCGGGAGUGCUCUCUCGCGUGUCUGGUAUUCUUGCCGCUCGAGGCUUCAAUAUCGACAGCUUGGUCGUGUGCAACACUGAGGUCGAAGACCUAUCUCGCAUGACGAUUGUGCUCCAGGGCCAGGACGGCGUCGUCGAACAAGCCCGUCGCCAGCUCGAAGACUUGGUGCCUGUAUGGGCCGUUCUGGACUACACUUCAGCACCCUUGGUUCAGCGUGAGCUUCUGCUCGCUAAGAUCUCUACUCUGGGCCCGGAAUACUUCGAGGAGUUGCUCGCUCACCACCGAGAGAUGGUCCAGGAGCCGGAACGACCACCGAUAGACGUUGAGAGUAUCGAAGAAGGCUCGGAAGGAGAUGCUGCGUUCCAAGCUGAGCUAGCAGCCCGUGAGGCUCUGAGGCGAGAUUUCCAUCCCAGCAAGCUAGCUGUCAGCCAAGCAAUGAGGCACAAGCACCAACAUCUGCAGUCUAUCACUUAUUUCACCCAUCAAUUCGGUGGAAAGGUUCUGGACAUCAGCACAAACAACUGCGUUGUGGAGGUCUCAGCGAAGCCUUCGAGGAUUGACUCCUUCAUGAAGUUGAUUGCGCCGUUUGGUAUCCUAGAGUCAGCGAGGACUGGUCUCAUGGCCCUACCUCGAUCUCCACUACACGACCCCAACGAGAUAGAAGACAAGGAUGCUCAAGAUGUUGUGGACCAAAGCACUCUUCCUCCCGGUUAG